CCGCCAUAAGCGACAGAUCUGUUGACACCAGUUGUGUUUGAAGUCUGACUCACUUUUGUUCAAGAUGCUAAUUCAUAUUUAUUAAAAAAAAAGUGCCACGAAUCCAAGCGCAGGUGAGUUUGAAUCUGACUGCAGGAAAAUGGAGGCGAGGUUCGGCGGCGAGGUGGCGUCGGUGGUGGAAGUCGCGAUCCGGGCGGCCGUGUCUGUUUUCGGGGACGUCUGGACGACAGAGGCGCCAAAUACGGAGUGGAGGGAGACGAAGCUCGGAGAGAUCCAGGAGAUUGAGAGGAACCUGGUGCUGCAGAUCCACCGGGUGUUCACCGAGUUCUCCUCGGAGCUGUUGGAGGAAAACGAAGCUCUGAAGGCCAAAGUGGAGCAGCUGGAGGACGUCCUGCAGAGGAAAGCCGGCCAGCUGCAGCAGGAGCUGGAGGCCAGAGUGGGUCAGCUGGGCAGAGACAUGGAGCAGCUGGAGCAGGAGCUGAGGAGCAUCAGUGACGGAGGGAGCAGUACCACACCAGGAGGAGGCCCGACCCAAGUCCUGCUGCAGGAGGACUCUCUGCCAGGAGCUGCAGUGUUGUCAUCCUCCAUCAAUCAAUCACCCGCUGCCCCCCAGGCUGCCAUGAAUGAAUCCACCUCGGACUUUCUGAUGGUUUCGGCAGACGACACCGAAGCUGCUGCGACCGAAGCUAAACCCGAGGUGGCUCCGAUGGUGUUUGUGGGCAGAGUCAGCUCGCCUCCCACGGUGCUGCUGGUAGAAGCAACGCAGGUCGUCACGCAGCCCCCAACGUCGUCGGCGGCUGUCUGUGAAAUGACGGAAGAGACGCAACUCAUCCUCAAAACUGCAGCUUCGCCGGGGGCUGUGCCUCAGGACGUCCCCAGUCCAGGCUCCAGCAACGGCAGCGGGGGCGACGCAGGGGAGGAAAAGAAAACUGUGGAAGAGGCACCUGCAGGGAGAACGAGGAGGACCAGGAGAGCACAUGUUAAAACUGAAAAAGCUUCCACUGAUAAAAGCGCUGAGGAGAACGAGCCAGAGUCCGGUGAAUUUCAAGGACGCACGCUGAGAAAAAAAGAGUCGCGGGCAGUGAAGCGGUUCUUCUGUGAGCACUGUAACGUCGGUUUUCAUUGGAAAGGUGAACUGAAGAAACACAUGAAAGUUCACAAGAAGCCUUUUCCUUGUGACCAGUGUGACAGAAGUUUCCUGGAGAAGAAGUCUCUUGAAAAUCACCUUACACGUCACGAGGCGCUCAAAGCCCCCCUUCCCUUCCCCUGUCCUCGGUGUAAAAGAUCGUACCGAAAAGAGCAGUCGCUGCAGAAUCACCUCAAGCGUCACCAGGGGCAGAAGCAACCCAAGCCGUUCACCUGCGACCAAUGCGGGAAAACCUUCAGAGUGGAGCAGUCUCUGGAAAACCACCUGUUACGCCACGAGAAGUGGAAGCGAAUGCUGAAGUGCCAGUAUUGCGACAAGACCUGCAAGACGACCGUCCAGUUGAGGUGUCACAUGGUCGUACACUCGGAGGAAAGACCGUUUAGCUGCGCGACGUGCGGGAAGGAGUUCAAGAGUAAAGACACGCUCCGCUUCCAUCAAAUGGUUCACACCAACGCCAAAAAGUACCAAUGCCCAGUGUGCGACGAGACUUUCAAAUAUGCUCACUCUCUUACGGUGCAUAAAAGGAAACACACGGGCGUCACUCCGUUCAUAUGCACCAUAUGUAACAAGUCGUACAGGACUGGCACAGCUCUGAAAAGACACAGCGUAGUCCACACGGGCGAGAAACCGUUCACGUGUCAUAUAUGCGGAGCUCAGUUCAGCCUGAAUAACAACCUUAAGAGGCACAUUCGCAUUCACACGGGAGAGAAGCCCUUCACGUGUCAGGAGUGUGGCAAGAGCUUCUCGGACAACAACAAGCUCAAGUCUCACAUGCUCAUUCACGGUGCCAGAAAGCCGUUCAUGUGCGACCUCUGCGGGAAGACCUUCCUCUUCAACUGCAGGCUGCUGAUACAUCAGAAGUACGUGCACGCCGACAGGAACGAGGAAACGGACGGCACGCUGAGAUUCUUCCAGACCAGGCGUAGGAACAAAUCGGCGGUUAAACCGUACAGCUGCAAAAUAUGUCUGAGGAGUUUCAGCGCCGCCUGCUCCCUCAAACUCCACGAAAAAGGCCACAGCGAGCACAAGGAGUUCAACUGCGGCAUAUGCGGGAAGGCUUUCCAUAACAAAUACUCAUUCAGUUAUCAUCAGAGAAGCCACUCGGGGGAGAAGCCGUUUGUUUGCGACGUGUGCGGGAAGGGCUUUUUCCACGCCGGCAGCCUGAAGCAGCACGAGCGAAUACACACUGGAGAAAAACCGUACAAGUGCGACCAGUGUGGCAAGGCUUUCAGAACCGACGGAAACUUCUACAGACACUUGAGGAUCCACACGGGCGAGAAACCGUUCGAAUGUUUGUACUGUCACAGGAAGUUCCACCAGUCAAACCAGCUGAAGUCCCACAUGCAGGUCCAUACCGGCCAGAAGCUCUACUCCUGCCAGCAGUGUGGGCGUGGCUUCUCUGAUUCGAGGCAGGUGAAGAAGCACAGCUGCGACGGCUCAUAGUGACUCAGCUGAUUGACCAAUGUUGACUUGUGUGAAUCUAAUAAGGUCCUAAACGAAGCAGCGGUUUGUUGUGUUAAGGGACACAAAGUGAUGUGUGUGGUCGGGUGCCUUUAAACUCAAAUUAUCGGUCAGUUAAUUGAAAUUGAAUUUAUCUGCUACAAAUUAGAGAAUAUGUUGCAUAGUUGCAGUUAUUCAGUGAAAAAAUAAAAAAACAUUUGCUUGUGAUUGCGUCACAAUGUCAAAGGGAU